UUACGUUUGCGGAAGUUUACAUUCAGUUUAGAAAAACGUGUUGCUACCUUGCUUUAACUGUGUAUGGUUGUGGUGAAAAGCGCCGGUUGCGGGGUAUCUUUAGCUUGCUUGUUCCUGGCAGUGUAGCAGCUUUCUACGAUGUAUUCCGUUUUAAUUAACGCGGUCUUGUCCAGCUCUCCUGACUACGACCUUUUGUUUGAGUCUCUAACCUGGCCGAGCGACUCAUGGCCGGGGACGGAGCGAGUGGAGGCGCUGACAGCUUUCAUUGAAGCACUCGGACCACUUUUGGCUGACUCGGACAGGACUCUGUUUUCAGCUGCGAAAAGACAAUGUAUUAAAGAUAAAAUCGACUCGGUGAUUUGGACCCAGUCUCUACCACUUCUCUCCAGAAUAUCAGCAGACGGCGGUGAAGGCAUGCGGUGCAGGGAGAGCACCGCUGCCGCCUGCAGACUUCUGAGUGUCUGUGUCCCGCUAUGUGACGAGGCUGUGCCGGGGCGAGUAGCGCUGGCUGUCCUGCCCUCGCUCCAGCUGUCAGAGGAGGAGGGGCCGGCUCCGGGACGACUCAGUGUGGAGGUAGCUAAUGAAGUCAUGGCUGCUCUUCUACCGUUUCUGGAUGAACAGUGCACGUUUACCACCCUGUCCGCUGCCUUGUCCUGCAUCAAAACACUCCCUGAUGCAUUGGUCUCAAAAAUCACAGUCAGACUUCUGUUAACAGUUCUGAACUGCUGCAGCGGUGCCAGGUUAACAGGCAUCCUCGAGUUGAUCCUGGAUGAUCUGUGCAUCUGGCACUCCACUGACCGCACACCUGUGGUCACAGAGCGGGCACUGCUGUGUUUGACCGUCCUGUCAGACCACUUGCUGAAACCUCACAGCCUCCCUUUCUCCUCCUCCACCUCCUGUGAGCCUGACCCUCGUCUGUCCCUCCAGUUCUGGAGGAUGGUUCAGGAUGGACUGACGCACAGGGACAGUGUGUCUCGUAAAAGGGCGUUGUACCUGCUGAAAAUGUGCGUGGCCCUAUCAGAGGAGGAGGGGGUGGACUGUCCUCUCUCUUCAUCAGAAGCAGAUGACAUCUUGUUCAAAUGGGCCUCAAACAGGAGCAAGUUACUCAGAGAGUUCUGGGAGGAUUACGCGCUGGUGAUGGAGACCCUGGAGGAAAACCAGAUUCAUGUCGUCCGGCCAGUUCUAAACCGAAUAGACUCGCUGAUCCAAACAACAGUGAAUGAUAGUCAAGAUCAAGGCUGCUUCCACCCCUCCUGGCUGCUGUGUGUGUACCAGCGGAUGUUCCACAGUGAGAAUAAAUCCUUAAUGAGAGAGGGAGUGUGUCAUCUGCUCGAGCUGCGUGUCCUCCAGCAGCCAGGCUUUGCGUUGGCCUUUUCGGAGUUCAUCGUCGGCCCUUUUAUGGAUGUUCUGUCUGAAACGUCGCUCUUCCACAAGUCAGUUGAGCAGAGAGUAGGAGAUUGUCCUGAGCUUGGGGCUAAACUCCAAGUCUUCAUUACCACCUUCUUCAGCAACCUACCAUCAGAGCAUAGAGGCCAUAUGUUGCUGCAGAUGAUUCAGCAGCUGUGCUCUAAGCACUGGUGUGCGGCACCCCUUCUCUUCCUCUCCCAGGCUCUAUCCAAUCUCCCCCCGAACCCUCUGCUGGGGAUCGAGGGGCUCACUGCUCUCAGGGAGGUGCUGCGCUGCACCAUGAUCACUCAUCAAGUCCUUCUGAGAGGCGCUGCUCAGUGCUUCCUGCUAAAUAGUGCCCUCUGUCUCACGGAAGUGAGCACAGUGACCCUUGAUGAUGUUUUUAGUUUCCUGAUACAUUUUCGUGCAGAUGAGUCGCUGUGUAGAGGGACAAAGAUUUGGAAUCAGUUGUGUGUCUGGCUGUUGGACAAUGAAGGCUGUUUCAAGCCCAGGAUUAUGGAUGGAGAUUGCACUGGUGCUGCCAUAAAGGAAGAAACUGUAAGAGGCUAUGUUCAAAGCGAAAUGCUCGCCUAUCUCCGAGUCCCAGCCAGCACAGGUCACACUGAGAAGUUGCCUGACUCCAGAGAAGCCGACAAGUUGGCCAGGGCCAUUCUGCUGUGUGUGGACAUGGAGAGGAACCAACUCGCGGCAGAGAUCACUAACUCUCUGGAGUCGUUACUGUCUCCGCUGCUGGACACCCUGAGCCGAGUCAACACCAACAUCUACUUGCCUCUGCGUAAGAGCGACAAGAGCCUGCAGCUCGUGCUCCGACUGUUCCAGCUUGGAGGAACACCAAGCCGCCAGCAGGUUGGAGAGGAGCAAGUGAACACCGUGAUGGUUGCCAUGGAAAGGUUCAUUUUUAAAGUUGUCGAUCCAAUCCAGGAGUUUAUCUUAAGGCAGCUACUUGGGGAGCUGCAAGAGCUGUUCGAUGUGGAGCGGGCAGAGCUGUAUCUGUGUGUCCUGAGACAGCUGGUGAUCAUGUACAGUUCUACACCACAGCACCGAACUAAAAUUCAGCAGACCUAUUUCCCUAAACUCAUCAGGCACAGCCUCAAGGUCCUGCAAGAACCAAGCCAGCAGAUCCUCUCUGUGGCAAACCAGGUGGCUAGAGCGGUUGCUAUGGCAUCCCUGGCUACAGUAUGUGCUCUUGUGGAGCAGAAGGGGAUUGACGUGCGAUCGGAGACCAUUUCUGUUUUGAAAUCAGUGAAUGACUACUUCUUCAAUCCAGUGUCAUCUUCAAUCAAUAAAAACCUGCAAAAACCCCAGACAGCAGAUGGUUCAUGUGAUGUAGGAGUACAAGGUCGUCUGCUGCAGGACUGGGGACGCAUCGCUGCCAAUUUUAUGCGGGACCAGUGGAUUUGUUUGAGCUCUCUGAUUAAGACUAUUGGGAUUCCUGAGUCUGGCGAGAUUUCCAGAGCGCCUGACGCUCUCAAGGCUGCUCUGAGCUGCAGUGUGGAGGCCCUGGCUCUGCUGCCCAGUGACCUGGUGCUGCCUGUGCUCACCUUUAUGGAGACAGUGCUGCCACAAGUACUACUUUAUGACGAGGCUCUGUGUGCCGAGGCUGUGACUCUGAGCUGGGAGAUGGUGCAGGGGCUGAGCACUAACGCCCACGACUUCUGGCCGUCUCUGAAAGGCUUCGUCUCCAUGGCCUUCCACCAUAAACUGCUGGAGCUGUCAGAUAGUUCUGCUCCAACACUUCUGGCCACCUUGAAACUGAUUGCCACUGAGCUGAUGGUGCUGUCUCAGUCAAAGAGCGGAGUGUUUGGCGUGCUGCUUCCACACUGCUGUGAGACGUGGCUGCCCACGGACCGAGGCAGCAGCGACACCAUGUUUUCUAGUGUUUUCAGCCACAUCAACAUACUCACUGAGGCUUGUGUCUAUGGACCAGUGUUCAGGAGAGAUCAACGCCUUAUCCAGGAUGUCCAAGCAUAUGUGGAGCAACUUGGGGAAGAGUGUGCGGCCAAUGUUGCAGUUACAAGUGAUAACCGGGAUGACCAGUUGCCCCGCACAUGUGUACUGGCCUUUCUUAGCCGCCUGGAUCCCUCUAAUCUGCAGCAUGAAAGACUAAUAGAAGAACUAGUCAUGGAUUUGCUGAAAAAGGAUAAUGACAUAUCAAAGUCAAAAGUGCGUUACUAUAGCAACUCCCUGCAGCAUCGUGUCAAAAACAGAGUAUGGCAAACACUGCUGCUGUUGCUGCCCAAAAUGAGAGAGAAGUUUGUCACCACUGUGCUAAACUGUGUGUUUGAAGCUGGAUUUUGCAGUAACCAUGCCUCAGUCAAGUACCUGAUCGAGUGGAUGAUGAUUCUGAUCCUCAUACGCUAUCCACAACACAUGGACAGCUUUUGGGCCUGCUUCAACAGGGAUCAUGAAAAGACCAAGACAAGCAUCUGCACCUUUCUGUCAGUCCUGGUACAUUUCAAUGUCAUCGUUCCUAAUCUUAAGGAUAAGGAUGUGCAUAUUCGUAAAGCACUGGACAUCAUCCUGCAGUGGUGUUUCAACCAUAACUUCAGUGUGCGCCUGUAUGCAUUACUGGCCCUAAAGAGGGUGUGGAGCUUGGCUGGGGUCCGGGCAGAGGAAGGGGCUGAGAGUUUCGGAGGGCUGUCCACUGUGAUCAAAGCCUGUCUGAGCCAGGCUGAGGCCAUGCAGAACACCGGAAAUGCCAACAAGAACUGGACGAGGAUUCAGGAGCACUUCUUUUUUGGUGCCUUUCAUCCUAUCAGGGAUUACAGUGCUGAGACCAUAUUCUAUACGUUCCCUAGUCUGUCCGAGUUGGCUGAUGAGGAAUGGAUUCCACCCUCUAAGUUUGAGAAACUGUGUUGUUUUUGUGAAAGUCCAUCUUUUCCUUUGAGAAAUCCUGCUCCUGACCUGAGUCAGCUCCAGCCUGGAGACUGGAUUCAGCAAGACAAAGGCGAGCAGAAUAAAGAGGAGCGCUGGGCCGAGGUGCAGAAGAAGAUCACUCCCUGGAGGUUGGGGAUCCAGGAGCAGGAGCCCGAACUUCAGCUUGUUCCACAACAGAGGGCAGCUCGGCUGACCAAACAGCAUGGUGCCCUGCUGGUGGUAGCCUCGCUUAUAGACAAGCCCACAAAUCUAGGAGGUCUGUGCAGGACCUGUGAGAUCUUUGGUGCCAGCACUCUGGUUCUGGAUAGCCUUCGCCACAUCAGUGACAAACACUUUCAGUCCCUGAGUGUCUCAUCUGAGCUCUGGCUUCCUCUGUUAGAGGUGAAGCCAAUGGAGCUCACUGACUUCCUGCAGGUAAAGAAGAGUGAAGGUUACUGUAUUGUUGGAGUGGAGCAGACGGCCAACAGUCAAAGCCUCCAGGACUACCAGUUCCCUGAGAAGACCCUGCUACUUCUGGGCAACGAACGAGAAGGUAUCCCAGCCAAUUUACUCCAAAUGUUUGAUGUGUGUGUGGAGAUCCCUCAACAAGGGGUCACCCGUUCACUAAACGUGCAUGUUAGCGCCGCCCUGCUGAUUUGGGAAUAUACACGGCAACAUCUCACCUCUGGCUCAAGAAAGGUCAACUCCAAACCUGAAAUCUGAAGAAGGAGCCAGCAGUGCAGCCCUAUGGCGGUGACAUCUGACCUCCAAAUGUUGAGCUAACUCGCUCCUGUCUGGCAGCAAGUGUUAAAAAGCCUCUUGGGGAACAUGAAGACGCUCCAUACAGUUAACGCCAGGACAUGUUCUAGAUAAGACUUCUUUAUUCUUUUAGUUUUUAACGUGGUCAGCAGUCAUCAGUGCUGCCCUUGAGCCUUAAUUAGAGUUAUGAAUAGAGAUCGGCUCUGGUUAUCGCAUCGAAAUAUUCCACAGGGCAUGCUUUUAUAUUAAUGGACACCAUCUCUGUGUUGGCACAGCUGAAGCAUUAAUGGAAAUAUUUCCCUUUUGAGGAAGAAGUGUCUUGUAUAUGUGAGCAAUUAGUUUUUUUUCCCCCUCAUAACCUCCAGGACUGGACUAUAAUGACCACACCCAGAAAUGAUUUUACAUAAUGUAUAAAUGCUGCUUAUCUUACAGCAUAAUUGUGUUCUAAAUGUUUUUAUUGUAGUUUG